GGGCGGAGCCUCGGCCGUGACGUCACGCCGCGCAGCCAGUCGCGGACCGGAGAGCAAAACUGCCGGCUUUCAAAUCCUCCGCCUCCCCCGCCCACCCCUCACCCAUCGUCCCCGGCGGCGGCGCGAAGGGCUCGGGCCGGCGCCGCUCCAUCGCCUCCUCUCCCGGCAGCCAAGCGGCGGAGCCGCCUCCCGCGCGGCGGGCAGUGUGGACAGUUUGACAGCUCUUAACAUUUGGAAAAGCAGAAAGAUGGCGUCAGAAGACAUUGCUAAGCUUGCAGAGUCACUUGCCAAAACCAAAGUGGGUGGUGGACAGUUGAGCUUCAAAGGCCAGAGCCUUAAACUCAAUACAGCUGAAGAUGCUGAAGAAGUGAUCAAGCAAAUUGAGGAGUUUGAUGGCCUGGAAGCAUUGCGCCUGGAAGGCAACACAGUGGGUGUGGAGGCAGCAAAGGUCAUUGCCAAAGCCUUGGAGAAGAAAUCAGAGCUCAAGAGGUGUCAUUGGAGCGACAUGUUCACAGGGAGACUAAGGUCUGAGAUCCCUCCUGCUCUGAUCUCUUUGGGGGAUGCACUCAUCACUGCUGGAGCCCAGCUGGUGGAGCUGGACCUGAGCGACAAUGCCUUUGGGCCAGAUGGUGUGCGUGGCUUUGAGGAGCUGCUGAAGAGCCCCGCGUGCUACACCCUACAGGAGCUCAAGCUCAAUAACUGUGGCAUGGGCAUCGGUGGUGGCAAGAUAUUGGCAGCUGCUCUGAAAGAAUGUCACAGGAAAUCAAGUGCCCAGGGCAAGCCUCUUGCUUUGAAAAUAUUUGUGGCUGGCAGAAAUCGUUUGGAGAAUGAUGGUGCCACUGCACUGGCUGAAGCCUUUGGGAUCAUCGGGACUCUAGAAGAGGUCCAUAUGCCACAGAAUGGAAUUAACCAUCCUGGCAUCACAGCGCUGGCCCAGGCCUUUGCAAUCAACCCACUGCUUAAGGUUAUAAACUUGAAUGACAACACCUUCACUGAGAAAGGAGCUGUGGCCAUGGCAGAGACUCUGAAGGCACUUCGGCAGAUUGAAGUGAUCAACUUUGGAGACUGCCUGGUGCGUUCCAAGGGUGCUGUUGCUAUUGCUGAUGCUGUUAAAGAAGGCCUUCAUAAAUUAAAGGAACUGAAUUUGUCCUUCUGUGAGAUCAAACGUGAUGCGGCUCUGACUGUUGCUGAAGCUGUUGAAGAUAAAGCAGAGUUGGAGAAACUGGAUCUCAAUGGCAACUGUCUGGGAGAAGAAGGGUGUGAACAACUCCAGGAGAUCCUUGAAGGCUUCAAUAUGGCAGCUGUGCUGGGAUCUUUGAGUGAUGAUGAAGGGGAGGAGGAGGAGGAUGAAGAAGAGGAGGAGGAUGAAGAUGAGGAUGAAGAGGAGGAGGAAGAACAGCAACAGCUGAAGGAGAGAGGACCGGAAGAGCAGGAGUCACUGACUCCUAAGAAGAUAAUUGAUUCACAGGAUUCAGCUCCAGUGCCAUCCCCUCCGGUGGACGUUGCCACAUUCCUCGCUUUCCCAUCACCAGAGAAGUUGCUGCGCCUGGGACCAAAGUGCUCCAUGCUGAUAGCUCAGCAGACAGAUACAUCUGAUGUAGAGAAAGUAGUUACAGCUCUCCUAAGGAUAUCCUCUGUCUUCAAAGAUGAAGCCCCAGUGAAAACAGCGGUGCAUGAAACAACAGAUGCCCUGAUGAGAAAAGCCUUCACUUCUGCCACGUUUAAUUCAGAUGCAUUCAUCACAAGCCUCUUGAUCCACAUGGGACUGCUUAAGAGUGAAGAGAAGAUCAAAGCUGCCCCAAGCCUCUAUGGUAUUCUUAUGACCUUGAACCAUAUGGUCCAGCAGGAUUAUUUCCCCAAAUCUCUGGCUCCAGUUCUCUCAGCUUUUGUCACAAAGCCAAACCGUGCCCUUGACUCCUGUUCCUUCGCUCGCCACAUGCUGUUACAAACCCUGCACCAGCUGUAGGGGCCCAGGGCCGUGCUGCUGUGCCCUCCCCUCCUCACGGGACUGGCGGCAGCAGAGAACGUGGAGCUGCGUGGUGGGAGAGGGUCCCAGAGCCCACACACACCUGCUGGCCUUUCUUUUUUUAACUUCCUUUUUUUUCCUCCUGCCUUGUAGGAAGUCUGGCCUUCCUUUGGGACAAAUCAUGAAUGGUUUUUGUUCCUGCUCUGCAGAGCAGGUGCUUGUGCUACAAUAAGUCAGCGCUGCUCUGAGCUCUGCAUGAAAAGAACAGUUCUCAGCCUUGGUCACCUCAGCAGGGAUGGGACAAGACUAACCCAGGGCCCAAACCUGUUCUAAUCAAGAGCAAUCCAGUUGUGCAUUUUGUUUUCCUUUAUGGGACUGUGACUCCUGCCUGGCAGCGUUCAGGGCUGUGCAGAAAGGGAAGCCACACUGCUUCUCUGGGCCGGGGGCUGCCUGACCCACUCCUGCCGCUGCUGCCUGAGAGAGGAGUGAGAUGUGCUCCCCUUUAGGCUCUUCUUUUAAGUUCCUGUGUCACAGGCAGCAUGUGGCUGGUUUGUACAUUAAUAUGCUGCUCCCCUGCAGCUGUGGCUUGGAAUAUUUGUGUAGUGUGGCUGACCCUGGGAGCCAUUGCUUAAGGGAGCAAGCAUAUUGUUAUUGUAAAUUUUUUGUUGCCGUUGCCUGUGGUGUUCCCUUUUUCCUGCCCUUUCCCUUCUCUUCCUAAUUAAAGAUGCUUGGUUUGGAAAUGAAUACACCCCAUGAAAUCUCCAUGUGGAGUAAGUGUUCCCUUUCUCUUCCCUUUGACAAAACACUGGGGCUCUGUGCAGCGUUUACAUGGUUGAAAGCUGAGCACAAAGGAUUAGGGCUGAGCUGAACCUUCUCAGGUAGGGCUGGGCCUUUUUUGUUGUGCUGAAGAGUAGCAGCAGAUGCCCCUCACUCUCUGCAUGCAGGAUUGUCCAUGUGCUUACAAGUGUUUGUGGCGCUUCUGCCACUCCUGUGCACGCAAGCUCACAGCCUGGUCCCGUUCCCUCUUCCUUCAAGCCUCUGAGAACCAACACUCUAGGUAGCAGAAUUGUUCCCUGCCUCUGUCUUUGGUUAGAGGAGACUGUUCAUCUGGCAUGCAGUGUAAGUAGGGCCCAUGCCAGGAAGGAGCCAAGGAACAGGCGUUACCUCUCCCCUUCCCUUGAUACCACAGCUGGCUGGAUGUGUGUGCUUUUGGGGCACUGGGUUGAAAUAAAGUGUGGGGUGGGUAUGAUACCUCCUUGCAUGUACUCUCUGUUUACAUUCCUGGGGGUUGUGUGCCUGUUCAGGGCAGCCACUGGGGGGCAAUUUUGGGUGGCUGUGAUCCAGCAAGAAAGCAGUGUCUCUUGUGGGGCUGGUGCUGGCUUUGUGUAUGAGCAAUAUCCCCCUCAUUAAAAGGAUGGUGCCCUAAGGCAAAAAGCA